AUGCAGUCAACACCACAUACAAAGCUGAACCCGCACGACCAAAGCGGGUGCGACACGAUGCCGCAUGCAGAUUCCACGGCGGUGAGGAGUGAGGCAGACGACCUUGCACAGCGCCAGCGGCAGCAACAACAGCACCGAGAAGAGGCGGAUGCUGCAGACGAGGAAAAUGAGUUGGCGGCGUCCCCUGGCGAGGGAGGCAAUGCCGAAAACGAAGAAGAGGAGGAGGAGGUGGAGGAAGAUGAGGCGGCGGAGGAAGACGACGAAGAAGAUGAUGAUGCUGACGUGGUUCCAUUCACUAGCGACGAGGAGGCCAUUGAGGCGCGCGCAGUGGGUCUCAGGCACUACAACGAGCACCGCUACGAGGACGCCCUUGACGUGCAGUACAGCAUCUUGCGGCAUUUCGAGAAGAAAUAUGGCGCCACCGCCGCUGUCUGUGGGCCGUACUUCCUCGACUACGGCCUCUCUCAGCUACGUGUGCUGCAGUCGAAGAGCAGCGUGGAGGCGGUGCUGCAGCCGCUCGACCAGGAGGCGCUCAAGACGUGCUUCAUCAACCUUGAUGUUGCGCGUGUGUGCUUCCAGAAGCAGGAACAGGAGCGGGGGGAGGGGGACAUUGAAGUGCAGCUGCGACUCGCGGAGGUGCACAAUGCCAUUGCACAGCUGCACGUCGAGCGCGAGGACUUUGACGACGCGUUGAAGGAGUACGAGAGUGAGCUGCUGACGUACCGCUUCAUCCAGCAGGAGGCACCAGAGGCACUGCCACGCGGCCGACUUGCCUCGGUACUCUACGCUAUCGCUGACUGCUACAUGAAAGAAGGCGACUUCGAGGGCGCCGAGGCGCGCUUCACCGCUGCGCUUGAUGAGAUUGCGACAUUCCCCACCGGCACGAUCGCACCAGAGCUCGUGGUGGAGCUGCAGGAGCUGCGCGACGACGCGCGGGAUAUGAAGGGCGGCAAGUUCAAGGCGCUGCAGGAGAGCAUACAGGCGCAGUUCGCCGUGGAGGAAGCGGAGCAACUGCCGACCGCGCAGGAGUUCUACGGUGACACAGAGGAGCUCCAGCAGCAGCACCCGUACGUCUCGCGCCUCCCAGGGGAGUCAGAGUACUCGGCACUGUCGAUGCCGCAGUCCGUGACGAACCCCACACAGUGGAACGAACACAGCAACAGCAUGUCGCUCUCGCUCUUCCCACCGCAAGUGGCUGGCCGCAGCCCAGACACAUCGAACAGUCAGCCAGUGCACCACGUCGUAGCGCGGCGCAAGCCAAAGCAGCAACCGCAAGAGCAACUGGCACGGGGAGGCAGCUCCAGCGACACGGGUGAGUCGGGGAUGAAGCGGAUCCGCACCGAAUCCUGCAGCUAG